AUGUCUCUUUCUAGUAAAUUGACACUGGAUAAACUGGAUGUUAAGGGGAAAAGAGUCAUCAUGAGAGUAGACUUCAAUGUUCCCAUGAAGAAUAACCAAAUCACAAACAAUCAGAGAAUCAAGGCUGCCAUCCCAAGCAUCAAGCAUUGUCUGGAAAGAGGAGCCAAGUCCGUAGUUCUCAUGAGUCACCUCGGCCGGCCUGACGGUGUCCCUAUGCCAGACAAAUACUCCUUACAGCCUGUUGCUACUGAGCUCAAGUCCCUGCUGGGCAAAGAUGUUCUGUUCCUAAAAGAUUGUGUGGGCUCUGAAGUAGAGAAAGCUUGUGCCAAUCCAGCUGACGGGUCUGUCAUCCUGCUGGAAAACUUGCGCUUCCAUGUGGAGGAAGAAGGCAAGGGUCAGGAUCCUUCUGGAAAAAAGUUUAGCGCCGAGCCAGCUAAAGUAGAAGCUUUCCGAGAAUCACUGUCCAAACUUGGCGAUGUCUACGUCAAUGAUGCUUUCGGCACUGCACACCGGGCUCAUAGUUCCAUGGUGGGUGUAAAUUUGCCCCAAAAGGCGUCUGGGUUCCUCAUGAAGAAGGAACUAGAGUACUUUGCCAAAGUCUUAGAAAACCCAGAGAGACCCUUCCUGGCUAUCCUUGGUGGAGCCAAAGUGACAGACAAGAUCCAACUCAUCAAAAAUAUGUUAGACAAAGUCAAUUUUAUGAUUAUUGGUGGUGGGAUGGCUUACACGUUCCUGAAGGAACUCAAAAACAUGGAGAUUGGUGCUUCCUUAUUUGAUCAAGAAGGAGCAAAGAUUGUCAAAGAGAUCAUGGAUAAAGCAGAAAAGAAUGGUGUCAAGAUAACCUUUCCUGUUGACUUUGUCACUGCUGACAAAUUUGAUGAGCAUGCUAAAGUUGGACAAGCCACUCUAGAGUCUGGUAUACCAUCUGGCUGGAUGGGUUUGGACUGUGGUCCUGAGAGUAUUAAAAACAAUGCUCAGAUUGUGGCCCAGGCAAAGCUGAUUGUUUGGAAUGGGCCUAUGGGGGUAUUUGAAUGGGAUGCCUUUGCUAAAGGAACCAAAGCCCUCAUGGAUGAAGUUGUAAAGGCCACCUCCAGGGGCUGUGUCACCAUUAUCGGGGGUGGAGAUACUGCUACUUGCUGUGCCAAAUGGGACACUGAAGACAAGGUCAGCCAUGUUAGCACAGGAGGCGGAGCAAGUCUUGAGCUUUUGGAAGGUAAAGCCCUUCCGGGAGUAGUGGCCCUCAGCAACAUGUAA